UAACUAAUAUUAUGGCAAAAUUCCCUGGAGAUAACGAAGAAACAAUAGUUAAAAGAUGUAAAGCAGCUUUAAUUGAUAUUGCAUCUGACGGAAUUAUUAGAGCCACAAAGUCGGACGUGGAUUAA